AUGGCGGACACUCCAGACACACAAGCUCCUGACACAGAACAAGUUGCGAUGUCACUCCAGAGCACAUUUGAGCGCUUGCUCCACAACGUCGACAGGCUCUUUACAAACUUCUGGGCAAAGUUAGAGGCCCGCGCCAUGGAGACACCGCGUCAGAACCAAGAGCACAGCAAAGAGAAGCGGGAGGUGAGCGGGCCCCCUCAAGGCAAACUCCCACAUCAAAUGCCUGACACAGCGCAAACGGACCAGACAAGGCCCAAAGCCACCAGGGGCAUACUACCCCGAUAUAGGUUGCUGAGAAUCCACCGCCGUUGGCGGCAACGCUACAGCAAGAGCACCAGCCGUCCCUUCCAUCAAAGAGACUUGGCCUGGACACAGAGGGCCCGAACCUCUAACCCUCACCUGACAGCCGCCCGAGGGCGCACUUGCAGAGCCUUCAAUGAUCAGAGCAGAGGCAACAGUACAGGGGCCCUGAUGAUGGAGUGUGGCCGGCGGAGGGGCCGACACGGCACCACAGUCCGAGCUCUGGAAACUGCAAGACCACGGCGCACGCAGCGGGCAACUCAGCAGCAACCUCAAAGCCUGGGCCCUGAGGUGACAAGACAAGACACAGGGAUUAACAACGAAAAAGACUCACCCCCAAAGCCUCCAAGCGGCAGGGUUGACGGCCAUUAA